CACACAACGUCAUCUCUGUGUCUCUAUAAAGGGACAAGCCAUCUGUGGGACAUCAUAACCUCAGCCUAAUUCUUUCGAGGACUGCGAAGAGGAAAAAAAACGACAAGAUGAAACUGUACUUGGCUGCAGCCGUGCUGAUGCUUGUACUUGCUGUACACACAGCAGAGGCCCAGGAGGAGCCCACACUGGAGCAGCAUUUCACCAAAUUCGGGACCCAGGUGAAGGAGAUUGCAGAGGACCUGGCAGAUAAGACCAAAACCGCCUUCCAGAACAUUGAACAGAGCGAGUUUGGCACUAAAACCAGAAACUGGUUUAACGAUCAGUAUGAGAAGCUGAAGCAGAAGAUGACUGAAACCUUCAAUUAAAAAAAUCAAGCCCUUGCACCUCAGUUACCUUGUGUUUUGUUAUAUCACCUCCACCCUGUUGAGCCAACUGGCACAUUUGUUACAGACCAAUACAAUGUCACACUGCAAUGA